AGUAUGCUUAACGAAGUUAACAGCGUCGUAGAUUUCAUCACAAAAUUGUUCUUACAACGUAAUCUCGAGUCAAGAGUCGUCAAAUCGUUUGCCGAAAGCUUGAGGAACGCGAUGUGCAACUAUUACCUCGACCAUUGGUUUCCGGAGAAGCCAUGCAAAGGCAGUGCUUACCGUUGCAUAAGAAACCACCACAACCGUGUCGAUCCAUUGUUUCUUGAAGCGGGGCUCUGUGUUCAGUUAGAAGCUUUCGACCUCGCCAAUCUCCUACCGAAAGAAAUAACGAUAUGGGUCGACCCUGACAAUGUCUCCUAUCGCAUCGGAGAGGAAGGCAGUAUCGGAGUUCUCUUUGAUGGACGACCC